AUGUCAUCCAACGUUGGCCUCUCUACGCCACGCGGUAGCGGCACUUCAGGCUACGUGCAACGCAACAGCGCAUUUCUCAAGCCACGCAAUGCCGGCUACGGCGCACCCUAUCCUCCCGUGCCGUCAUCCUCUGCAGACACUCGCGGUAUCAACAACAACAGCCAAUCAAGUGGGUUUAGGCAGCGCAAGCCCGAUCAACAGAUAUUGGAGCAUGACCGGAAACGCGCCAUCGAGUUGCAGGUGCUCGAAGAGCGGGAACGGCUUGAGGAGGAGAGUGAGGAGCUUGAGAAGAGCAAGAAGAAGGGCUUGACAGAUGAGGAGAUUGAUGAGAAGUGUGAUGCGUUGAGGGAGAGAUUGUUGAAGGAGUUGCAGGAAGGGGGAAGAGGGAGAGAGGGUUAUGAUGCACAAAGGCGUGCUGGCAGGCAGUCUGAUAAGGACAGGAGACAGUUCAAGAGUUACCAGGUCCAUGAACUGGCGGAAGCGAAGAUACAGGAAAGCGAGAGAUUGAGGAAGGCUUUGGGUAUCAAAGAGGAUUGGGAAAAGGAUGCUAAUGCGUCUUCUUUCUCGAAGGACAAAAAUUCAGAAGAGAAAGAAGGGAAAAGUCGGAAUGAUAUUGAUGAACGUGAUCUUGAUUAUAGCAGUGCAGAAGAUGAUCGCAGGAAGAAUCCCCGGCGGCGACAUUCAUGA